ACUCUCUGCUGCUUAGCAACAACAUUAGCGAGCUGCAGCUAGCAGCCAGUUGCUGCUUAGUGACUCUGAUGCGUAGCUGCGGAUAGAUAGCCAUACAUCUUCACCCCGUCUAUGUCACCGAUUUUUACUCCGUUAUCGACGUUAAUUAAACUUUACCUAUCGGGUAACAUCCGCUGUGUGUAGUCAUUAGCUAAGAUCUCAUCAUUAUCGGGUGGAGCAGAAGGUUUCUUUAGUGGCUAACCUCAGCUAGGUAACCUUAGCACCCGGAGGAGUCACCAGCGUCUCCUAGUUGUGCCACGGAGAGAGAAGAGAGAGAGCAGAGGGAGGCUGGGGAUAAUAAUGUGAUAGUUAGUUAGCUGCUUAGCUCAUCUAAUGUUGGCGGACACUGGAUGAGUUGAAACGUGAUUUUGCAGGUGGUAUAUGUGUUUGUGACACAUCCCUGAAGCUUCCCAGGCAGAGUGGAACUGAGCAAACCAGCCAGACGUCGCCACCAUGUUGGAGGAGGACAUGGAAGUGGCCAUCAAGGUGGUUGUGGUCGGCAACGGGGCUGUCGGUAAGUCCAGUAUGAUCCAACGGUACUGCAAGGGAGUCUUCACUAAGGACUACAAAAAGACCAUCGGCGUGGACUUCCUGGAAAGGCAGAUACUUGUAAAUGACGAAGAGGUCCGACUAAUGCUGUGGGACACCGCCGGGCAGGAGGAGUUCGAUGCUAUCACUAAGGCCUACUACCGUGGUGCCCAAGCAUGUGUACUAGUCUUCUCUACCACAGACAGGGAGUCGUUUCAGUGCAUUGACAGCUGGAGGGAGAAGGUGGAGGCCGAGGUCGGAGAUAUUCCCACAGUUCUAGUGCAGAACAAAAUCGACCUCUUGGAAGAGACCGUUAUAAAAAACGAGGAGGCAGAAGCUUUGGCUAAAAGGCUCAAGCUGAGAUUUUAUCGAGCUUCAGUAAAAGAGGACCUCAAUGUCAACGAGGUUUUUAAGUACUUAGCCGAGAAGUAUCUUCAGCGACUCAAACAGCAAACGGCAGAGGAGACGGAGGUGCUCCAUACAACAAGCAAUAAAAUAGGUGUUUUUAAUACCACCAGUAGUAAUGUCAGCAACCAGAGCUCCAGCAACGGCAGAGAAAUCAUCACUUUGCGACCCAACAAACAAAGGACCAAGAAGAGUAAAAAUCCUUUCGGAAGCUGCAGCCUACUCUAGAUAAAAAAUCAUUUAGAUUUAGUGACUGACUAUUGUUUCUAAGACUAAAUUGGUCACUGUUGUAUUUUGUGGAUGUAGCCACAUUUAGAGACCAAAGCCCAAACAGACUGGGGAAAUACUACUCUAUAUACUACUUUAAUAAUGUUUAAUCUGUAAGUUGAUUCCCCACAUUGAUGGUUGAAUUCCCUUUGAUUCAAUCUUGGAUCUCCAUCAGUGAUCUGCGCACAAAUCUGUCCUUGCAGUUGCCUUAAGUAACAGCAACAGCUGCAGUACAUGUAUGUUGUUUAGAUAUGACUCGACUUACAAUCCUCUCAUCAGAAUAUGUAACAGCAAAAGGUUGCACUCUCGCUCUCGGAAAACUCCUCUAUGAUUUUUACAGUCACCCAUUCCUGUGUUUAAACAGCGCAACAUGUUUGCGUGUAUUGUCGAAGAUAACACAGAUCAUUUUGCACCAUAUUUUUCCGUCAGCAUCAAUAUGGUUCAAACUAUACUGUUCAUUGUGGACGAAACACUAAUCGAAUCCAGAGUGAAUUCUCUGCGCAGAAGUAUUUUUGUACGAAUCACAACAGUGUUGAGUGAUAUUUUCAUGUAAGUGUUGACUGACAUAGUGCCAAAUUUUCCUCUUUCUGAGCUGUAGUUAAAUAUUAACACUGCAGUGAUAUGGAUGUAACAUGAAAUUAAUAGAAUGUGCUUUUAUGUAUAACCAAAUAUCAAUAACUAUCGACACAAAGUAGUCCUCUGUACGUCUGCUUACACUCCACUUAUUUACGGAUUUGUUAAUUCUGAGACUUUUACAAAGUUUAGGACUUUGUGAUGUAAAAACAUAAGUCACAGUUAUAGCAUUAUGUUUUUGAUUGCAGUUGUUUACAUUUUACACAUUUCACUGUGCUUUUUCUUUAACUUUGGAACAGCUUUGAGUAAGUCAUUGAUAAGUUCCAGUACCCAUGUAUUCACAUUUCACUAUAUUUCUAACAUUUCAAACACUAAACAUGGUACAAGAUUUCAUUUUUUAUCUCUUGGUUUGGCUCAUAGAUUGUAUAUAAAGACGGACGAGGCCUCUCCACUUCCUCCCACUGCACAGAAGUGAAGCCAAAAUAUCCCAAAUAUUGGAGUUGCCAUCUUGAGAUUUUGAUGUCAUUUGCAACCAAUCAUGACUCACCCCUUUUUUUUAUAGCAUCGAAUAACUAAUUAAAACCAAACUUAUC